CGUACCUAUAUAAAGUGAUCACGUUUUGCAAUCAACUUAUCAGUCACUCAGUUGCACUUUGUCGUGUGGUAGAACAAUCACCAAACCCUGCUCAAAAUGUUCAAAUUCGUUGUCCUGCUCGCCGCCGUCGCCGUUUGCCAGGCCGCCUACAGCAUCAACCCAGCUGGGCCCACUUAUGCCGGAAUUCACACCCCGGCCGUCACCAGCCAGCAGUCCAACAUCCUGCGUACCUACGGAAACCUCGGACAGAUUUCGACCCACUCCAAGACCAUCGACACCCCAUACUCGUCGGUGAGCAAGUCUGAUGUCCGCAUCAGCAACCCAGGACUUGCCGUCGGUCAUGUUGCCGCUGCCUAUCCAGGAGCCUAUGGAGCUUAUGCUGCCCCAGCUUACCACGCCCCAGCCUAUCAUGCCCCAGCCGUCUACGGAGCCCCAGCUGUUAAGGCUGUCGCUGCUGCCCCAGCCCUUCUGGGAGUUGCCUACUCCGCUGCUCCAGCUGUCGCUCACAUGACCUACAGCAACGGACUCGGAAUCAACUAUGCCUGGUAAAUCGCCUGAACUGAUCUUCCCCAACAACAAAAAAAACGACAACCAGCAAACGGCGAAGGACCGCGCGAAUAUUUAAAUACUCUACCAUCUGCAGCAGGAACAACUCUUUAAGUCAACACAGUCAAUUCCCACACGGUUCGCGAAGUGAGGCUGGCCGAUCAAGAUCCCGGCUGCAAGCUCCUUCGGGCGUGUGUGGGGUCCAUUUUGAGCAACCAAUUCAUUUGCUUCAAUUAUUGUUCGUUGCACCGAACACAUCAACAUCUACGGGUAAUAAAUUGAACAAUUUUUGAAACCAAACCAUAA